AUGGCAGCAGCUUCGACAGAUUCGGGGCAGGGGACCGCUAAAAUAACUCCUGAAGUGCUUCAGGAGAUGCUCCAGCUCUACAACCUGAGCCGCCAGGAGUUCAUCAACACUUACAACAUCCAGCCGCUCGUCUACAUCCCCGAGUUGCCGUACAGCGCUAAGACCACCUUCGUGAUCAUGUACGUGGUUAUUUUCGUCCUGGCUCUGGCUGGAAAUAGUUUGGUCAUCUACAUAGUUGUGAAGAAACGGGCGAUACAAACGGCGACAGAUAUUUUUAUUUGCUCUCUGGCGGUCAGCGACCUGCUCAUCACUUUCUUCUGCAUACCUUUUACUUUGCUGCAGAACAUCUCUUCUGAAUGGUUCGGGGGGGUUCUGGUUUGCAAGACAGUUCCUUUUGUACAGACUACAGCCAUAGUGACAGGCAUCCUCACAAUGACCUGCAUUGCCAUUGAGAGGUACCAGGGGAUUGUCUUUCCCCUGAAAAUGAGGAGACAAUACUCGUCCAAAAGAGCAUACAAGAUGCUAGGGCUUGUAUGGAUUGCCUCAGUGAUUGUGGGUUCACCAAUGCUGUUUGUGCAACAGUUACAGGUGAAGUACGACUUCUUGUACGAUCAUUACCACGUUUGCUGUCAGGAGAGUUGGCGCUCUCUGACUCACAGGCAGGUGUACACCACCUUCAUCAUGGUGGCCCUUUUCCUGCUCCCUUUGGCAGCCAUGCUGUUCCUCUACACGCGUAUUGGCAUCGAGUUGUGGAUCCGCAAGAGGGUGGGCGACUCCUCAGUCCUCAACACCAUGAACCACAGGGAGAUCAGUAAGAUCUCAAGGAAAAAGAAAAGAGCCGUUAAAAUGAUGAUCACCAUCGUUCUGUUAUUCACCAUCUGCUGGGCACCAUUCCACACAGUCCAUAUGCUGUUUGAGUACUAUGACCUGGAAAACAAAUAUGACGGAGUCACGGUAAACAUGAUCAUCGCCAUCGUUCAGGCCAUCGGGUUCUUCAACAGCUUCAACAAUCCCAUAGUGUAUGCCUUCAUGAACGAGAACUUCAAGAAGAGCUGCGUCUCCACCCUUUCCCACUGCAUCAGAAAACCGAACCAGCAGGGCGGUGCUGCGGUGGCGCCCAAACUGAGCGUGCAGUUCAUCAAACCCCAAAGCAGAGAAGCCUUCCUGGACGCAGAUGAAGGCAAUAGCUCGAAGCAACACUCAGCAGAGAAAGGCCCUUCAAGUUCGUCGCAUGGAGAAAGCUCCCUGGAAAUAAUAGGAGAAAAAAUCUCCACCAUCCAAACAGAGCUCGCUGCAAACAGCUCCACGCAAGUCAAAUGA